AUGGCAACGAAAAGAACAUUGCUGGAUGUUUGGCUAGGAGAGCCCAAGAAAGCGGCUGUUGAGAAGGAAAAACCAGCGGAAGUGUUGGAAAGCAUCGGGAACGCAUCAGUGGACCAUCUCAAACCAAGAAGCACCGAGAAACCCCAUGAAUCCGGAUCGUUGGACACUCCCAGCCUCGCUUCAGGGGAUAAACUCGACAUCGGCUGUUACUGCGAGACCAGAUGCAAGGGCCUAGACGACUCAGUGAAACGCGAUCUGCUUACUAAGCCAUGGGCCCCAGACAGCGAUUACAAGUUUCCUGCUGUCCAAUCUGGAAAGGGCUGGAAAAGGAAGUUUCAGAUGAGCUGGCUGCAAAGAUGGCCUUGGUUGACUUACUCGCACGUCCGCUCUGGAGUUUUCUGUCGAAGUUGCGUGCUUUUAGGUCAGGGGACCCUAGGCAAAGGAGAUCACGUCAAGCCUGGCGCACUUAUAACGGCGCCUUUCACAAACUGGAAGAAGGCCAUCGAAGUGUUCAGUGCCCACCAAACAAGUAAGCACCACAUGGACGCUCAGGUGUCCGUAGACAACUUUCUUCAAACUACAUCUGGAAGCAGGCCGAACAUCUUGAGCCAGAUCGACAACCAAAGAAGACAAGCGGUUGAGAACAACCGCAAGAGACUUGUGCCUGUGAUAGACACCAUCAUCUUCUGCGGAAGGCAAGGCAUUGCACUGAGAGGCCAUAAUGACUCGGGACCUUUGAUGCUCGACAAAGACCCAGAAGAAAACGAUGGCAACUUCCGAGCUUUGCUACGGAUGAGGGGGAAAUGUGGGGAUGCCUCCCUUCAAACUCACUUCUCCACGGCCUCAGCGAACGCAACGUACAUCAGUCCUCGUACUCAGAACGAGCUAAUUGGCCUUUGCGGAAAUAUUAUACAAGACAGCAUCGUCAAGAGGGUCAACGAGGCCAAGGCCUUUAGCGUACUGGCUGACGAAACGAUGGAUAUCGGUGGUCUGGAGCAAAUGUCCGUGUGUGUCCGAUACGUGCAAGAUGAUGAGGUUCGUGAAGAGUUCCUUGGGUACGCUCAAGUGCAUGAUCUCAGCGGUAGGGCACUGGCAAAAGAAAUCAUCAAGUUCCUGAGCGGCGUGGGAAUUAAUCUGCGAUACCUGAGAGGCCAGGGCUACGAUGGGGCCGCGGCAAUGUCAGGACGGCUGAACGGGGUCCAAGCUGCGGUACUGGAGGAGCACCCAUCGGCAUUGUUUCUGCACUGCGCAAGUCACUGUCUCAACCUUGUGCUAUGUGAUGCAGCCACAGUUCCCGAUAUAAGGAACUGCAUGAGCACGGUCAGAGAGAUUUGCUCAUUUUUCCGGGGCUCUCCAAUCAGAAGUAAAGUAUUGGUAGACAAGGUUGGACUUCUUUGCCCGGAGUCCCGGAAGAGGCGCCUUGUGUCGCUUUGUGAGACGAGAUGGGUGGAGAGACAUGAUUGCAUAUUGACAAUCAUCGAGCUGCUGGAACCCAUUGCUGCUGCUCUCCAGCAGUUGGACGAGAGUGGAGCUUCAGACAACGCAUCUCGGGCACAUAUGCUUUUGCUUUCAGCAUCAUCCAGUGCCUUUCUAAUCAGCCUGCACACAGCGGCUAAGGCUCUUGCGUUGACACUUCCCCUGUCAAAGGCCCUGCAAGCUGUAUCAAUCGACUUGCCAUCAGCCCUUUCUUACGUAAAGGAAGUAAAUGCAGCCUUAGGACAAAUGCGUCAGAACGUAGAACAUGAGUUCAAAAGCAUAUUUGACGGAGCCACGAAAGCAGCCGAGUUCUUUGACACAGUGAUAGAGCUACCAAGACGCCGGGGUAACGUGAGCACAUUGAACGACCCUGAGUCGUUCUAUCGAGUUCAGGUCUGCGUACCCUUCUUGGACUAUUUGAACAGCCAACUGAAAGCAAGAUUUGAAAAACAUGAGUCCGUUCUAACUUCUUUCAGCUGCGUUCUUCCUUCGCAAGUAGCUUCUAACCUCCAAGACCCAGUUGCUGAAGACACACUUCUCGACUUCUACGCGGAGGACGUUGACAGGAGCCAGGCAAUCGGAGAGCUGAGGCUGUGGCGGAACAAGUGGCAAAAGGACAGAAAUGCUCCAGCGAGUGCCCUUCAAGCUUUCGACGCGUGUGACCCCCUCUUCUACCCGAACAUUCGAAAAAUUCUUCAGAUCUUGGUCACGCUCCCCGUGACGACGGCGAACGCUGAGCGCUCAUUCUCCACCCUGAGACGCCUGAAGACCUACCUGCGCGCCACAACAUCUCAAGCGAGGCUUGUAGGACUUGCCCUUCUGUAUUCGCACCGAGAAGUGACGAUUGAUGUCGAUGAGGUGAUUCGCCGUUUCGCACUGUCCUCAACCCGUCGCCUGGACUUUCUUUUGUGA